AUGAAUCUGAAUUUCGAAUACAUCGCUGCUCAUAUCAGUGAUUAUAUUCAAAAUGAAAACUUUUUUGAUACAUUCGAAAUAGGAGAUAUCAAAACAAUCAUGAAAUAUUCACGUUUGACCGUGGAUGAGUAUGUUUCUCUUCUCAAACAGUCUUCAUCAACGACCAAUGCCACAAAAUUAUAUAUCUGUACACGAAAAGCAAAUGUUACUAUCCAAAAUUUAGAGGAAGUCGUUUCAAUUCUUAAAUUCGUCAAAAAGUACAUGAAAUUCAAUAUAUUUGAUGGAAUUAUUGAUAUUAUCAAUCAAAAUGACAAAGAUUUGCGUGAUUCUACAGAAGAAAUCAAUAAAUUACGAACAGAAUUAAAAAAAUUACAAAAUCAAAUACAUAAUACUGCUAAAGAAACAACAGUUUCUCGAGUUAAUGGAGAUUACAACAAUUCUAAAGAUUUUUUAACCAAAAUCUCUGAACUUAAAGAAACUAGUGAUAUUUAUAGUGUUUAUAACUUCCUUGAAGAUAUUUCUGUGAAAGGCAAUCGAGAAAUGAUUACAAAGGCUUGUGAAGAAGGAAUUUUGAAAAAGACAGACCGUAAUGAAAAGAAUGCACUUCAUCUUGCAAGUGCAAAAGGAAAUCUAAAUCUUGUCAAAUUCCAAAUUGAAUGUGGCUGUGAUAAAGAAGCAAAAGAUAAAAAUGGAUGGACACCACUCAUUUAUGCAUCAGAAAAUGGUCAACUUGAAGUUGUUAAAUAUCUUAUCUCUGUUGGUGUUGAUAAAGAAGCAAAUUAUAAAAAUGGAUGGACACCACUCAUUUAUGCAUCAAUUAAAGGUCAACUUGAAGUUGUUAAAUAUCUUAUCUCUGUUGGAGCGGAUAAAGAAGCAAAGAAUAAACGUGGAUAUACUGCACUCUCAAUUGCAAAAGGUAAUGUAAGAGAUUAUUUAUUAUCUAUUGGAGCCGAGUAA